AUGAAUAUUAACGAAUUUGCAGAUGCUCAAAAAACACAUAAUGUUAUUUAUCCUAUCCUGCCUAAGGAUCAUGGAUCAGACGAGAGGUGCAUACCGUUUGUUCCUCUUCUAGAUGGCGACGAAUCGACUGAGAUCAUGCAUGAAAGAUGGCAAUUAUAUAACCAAUUAUAUAUCCAUUUCCAUUCGCAAGUUGACAACAUUGUUUCAAAUGGAGAAAUAGAACUAAAGCAUAAUAUAACGAAAUUACUUUUCAGUGACGAUCAUUCGCUAAAAACGAAAGAAACUUUCAGAACGUUAUUUCUAUUAGGAUCUGAUAGUGAUACCCCAAUUGAGUUUGAUAUUAUUGAUCCAACCAAAACAGUAAAUGUUUUGGUAGAUAUGACUGCAAAAGAAUCACCGAAUGUUAGAAUGAUGUUGAAAAGAGCAAUGUUUAAGGUAUUCUCUACGGCGCAGGCUGAUUAUAAUAAUAUACAGGCGGUUAUUAAAGAGAAUGGCGAUAAUGAAUCAAUUUCUGAAGCCUUGAACGGUAUGCCACAAUUGCUAACUGAGGUGUCAUAUGAUUUGUCUCUAAUAGAAAAUUUUAAAUCAAUAUUCGGAAAAGACUUAAAUAUUGUGUUAAAUUUUAAAGAUGUUGAUUCGUUUUCAUUCCAUGCUCUUGAUGCCUUUAUUCAGUUGUUAAAAAAUGCUCUUAAAUAUGAGUCAGUUAUGUUCCAUUUGGUUUUUAAUAUCAACACUAACAUUUCGAUCAUGGAAAAGAAUUUGAGUCAGUCAACGUUAAGAUUGUUAAAGCGAAACUAUUCUAUUUUGGAUAUAUCUAGUAAUAGAGGUUUUAAAUACGCAAAUAAGGUAUUCGAAUGUUUUUUAGAAACUGUCGAUAAUAAACUUAAUCUAUCAGAAAAUUUUAUAGAAUUUAUUCUCGAGAAAAUGGCUAAUAACACACACCAUAAUUUGCAACUAUUAACCAAAAUAUUGGAUUAUUCCUUAAUGUCGUAUUUUUAUGAAAAUCCAUUCGCAGUCUUUAUUGAUCCAUUUAAUGUGAAAUACCUAAACGAUUCAUAUUUAAAACUGUUGAAAAAAUGUCCAACUUAUAUGUUUUUCUUGGAUGAAUUAGUUAAAGAAGGUGCACCAGUAAAUGAGAUAUCCAAUUUAUUAACUAAUGAGGAGGAUGCAAUAGAACAAUUUUUUGCAGAAUUUCUAGUGAGAGAUAAUCCCACAAAUAGACACGCAAAAGCAGUUGCAAAUAUUCUGGAAGAAAAAUGCAAUGCUCAGAACUAUAACUUAAUUGAAUUGUAUUAUAACUUACUUACCGAUAAUUUGGAUAACUAUUUAAAGAAAUGGCCUGAAUGUAUGUUAUACAAACAGGAAUUAUCGUUUGAAUCUGUAGAUACAAUUUUCAAGGAAUUAUUCACGCUUGGUAAUAAGAAUGAUUUAUUAUCUGAAGCAAUGUUUCCAAAAUACAAGGGUAACAUGGAAGAUGAUUUAUUAUGUUGGGAAAGGGUAAUAAAUGCAAAUGAUGAAGGAUCCCUGGAGGAUAUACAGGAACUUGAAUCUCUUAGUGCGUUGAAUCGUGAACUAGGACCCAUAGUUGGUGAAUUGUUUAAAGUUUAUAGAGAAGCACCAAUUGUAAUUAAUUUAUUUGAUCUGUAUACAACGUUCAAGGUACUUCUUCCAAGAAAACGAGUUCUGGAAUUUAUCAGAGAUUAUUCUACCAAAGAUAAGGCUUUAAAGAAGUUUAUAAAUAAUAAUGGUGAUGAUGACAGCAUAAUAUUUGAUAAAGUGGUGUUGAUUUUAUUUAUGCAAGGUAUACAUGACUAUGAUAAUAUGGGAUUAACGAACACACUCUCUAAAAAUCCAGAUUUUGUUGAUAAGCAUGUUUGGAGAGGUAUGUAA